AUUAGUUGCGCCAUUUUUCUAGCUAUUCUCCUCUCUCACUCCCUUCGCUUGUCGCUUGCGUCGUUCGUGCUCCCGUCUUGCCGCAGUUAAGCCGCAGGAUUGACCGCGUUCGCCCGACAGGAGCCAUUUCCUGCCGCUGCAUCUGCACGUAAAGGUGCUUUUCACAUGGCCUCAUGCCGCAACCCGACUGGCUUCCCAGGUGCAAUGCAACCCUGAGCCGCCUGCAAAACGACAUGAUCUGAGUUCUUCCCCAUUAUGGCUCAACGGGGAGAACUACCUACAUCGCCCAGCACGGCAUGUACAAUACGAUACAACCCCCAUCCCAUGCCUCUCACCGCCAACGCGCUCAAGAUGACAAUGCCUACCCCUUCGACAUUUGCAUUCACCACGUGCUGCUCGACGAACACAUGCCCCUCCCACCAGGAACGGUGAACCCUCUCCUGCUGCAUAUGAUCCGAUUCAGGUAAGUAACCCUAAGCCAAGAGGGGGGGAUCGCUGUUGGGUUAUGCCGCCUUGGCGUCCCCCGGCCAUCCUCUUGACUAGAGAAGUAUGCCAGCUGUUGUCACCGUCGUUGGAUUCGACUCUUUCCAUCUCUCAGUCCGCGAAAUGUAAUCUAAUGAUCGAAACCUCGGUCCAGAGUAGAAAGAUUAGCGCUGACAAAAGACAUAGUUUCUGUCCCGCGGUCCAGAAUGCCAGCUUUGUUGCAACGAGUAACUGCGGCGAAUGCGGU